ACUGAGUACGGGUGCCUGGUAGGCUCUUGCGGAAGUCCAUGCGCCAUUGGGAGGGCCUCAGCGGCUGCUCUGUGCCCUUGUUGCAGAGAGCCUCUUCCUGGGUCAUUCCUGGAGCAGGAGCCGGACUGUGGCUGACACGGGGGUUCCCGCGUGGCCGUCUCGGCACUUGCGUGACUUCCCCGCCGGCGGGAUGUGGCGACUACGUCGGGCCGCCGUGGCCUGUGAGGUCUGCCAAUCAUUAGUGAAACAUAGCCCUGGAAUAAAAGGAAACUUACCACUACAAAAACUGCAUCUGGUUUCACGAAGUAUUUAUCAUUCACGUCACCCAACCUUAAAGCUUCAGAGAUUCCAAUUAAGGACAUCAUUUCAGCAGUUCUCUUCUCUAACUAACCUUCCUUUACGUAAACUAAAACUUUCUCCAAUUAAAUAUGGCUACCAACCCCGCAGGAAUUUUUGGCCAGCAAGAUUAGCUGCAAGGCUCUUAAAACUUCGGUAUCUCAUACUAGGAUCUGCUGUUGGAGGUGGCUAUACAGCUAAAAAGACUUUUGAUCAGUGGAAAGAUCUGAUACCUGACCUUAGUGACUAUAAAUGGAUUGUGCCUGACAUUGUUUGGGAAAUUGAUGAGUAUAUCGAUUUUGAGAAAAUUAGAAAAGCCCUUCCUAAUUCCGAAGACCUUGCAAAAUUAACACCUGACUUUGACAAGAUUGUUGAAAGCCUCAGCUUAUUGAAGGACUUUUUCACUACAGGUCACAAAUUGGUUAGUGAAGUCGUAGGAGCUUCUGACCUACUUCUCUUGUUAGGUUCACCUGGAGAAACAGCAUUUAGAGCAACAGAUCAUGGAUCUGAAAGUGACAAGCAUUAUAAAAAGGUAAAUCUUAGCCAGAAGCUAGACCACUUGCAAAGGGAGUUAAUACAUGUGAAACACUUAUUAAAGUAUCAGAGAAUCUUGGAACGAUUAGAAAAGGAGAACAAAGAGUUGAGAAAAUUAGUAUUGCAGAAAGAUGACAAAGGCAUCCAUCAUAGAAAGCUUAAGAAGUCUUUGAUUGACAUGUAUUCUGAAGUACUUGAUGUUCUCUCUGAUUAUGAUGCCAGUUAUAAUACACAAGAUCAUCUGCCACGAGUUGUUGUGGUUGGAGAUCAGAGUGCUGGAAAAACCAGUGUGUUGGAAAUGAUUGCUCAAGCACGAAUAUUCCCAAGAGGAUCUGGGGAGAUGAUGACACGUUCUCCAGUUAAGGUGACUCUGAGUGAAGGUCCUCAUCACGUGGCCUUAUUUAAAGAUAGUUCUCGAGAGUUUGAUCUUACCAAAGAGGAAGAUCUUGCAGCAUUAAGACAUGAAAUAGAACUCCGAAUGAGGAAAAAUGUGAAAGAAGGCUGUACAGUUAGCCCUGAGACCAUAUCCUUAAAUGUAAAAGGCCCCGGACUGCAGAGGAUGGUGCUUGUUGACUUACCAGGUGUGAUUAAUACUGUGACAUCAGGCAUGGCUCCUGACACAAAGGAAACUAUUUUCAGUAUCAGCAAAGCUUAUAUGCAGAAUCCUAAUGCCAUCAUACUGUGUAUUCAAGAUGGAUCUGUGGAUGCUGAGCGCAGUAUUGUUACAGACUUGGUCAGUCAAAUGGAUCCUCAUGGAAGAAGAACCAUAUUUGUUUUGACCAAAGUAGACCUGGCAGAGAAAAAUGUAGCUAGUCCAAGCAGGAUUCAGCAGAUAAUUGAAGGAAAGCUCUUCCCAAUGAAAGCUCUGGGUUAUUUUGCUGUUGUGACAGGAAAAGGAAACAGCUCUGAAAGCAUUGAAGCCAUAAAAGAAUAUGAAGAAGAAUUUUUCCAGAAUUCAAAACUUCUAAAAACAAGCAUGCUAAAGGCACACCAAGUGACUACAAGAAAUUUAAGCCUUGCUGUAUCAGACUGCUUUUGGAAAAUGGUACGAGAGUCAGUUGAACAACAGGCUGAUAGUUUCAAAGCAACACGUUUUAACCUUGAAACUGAGUGGAAGAAUAACUAUCCUCGCCUGCGAGAACUUGACCGGAAUGAACUAUUUGAAAAGGCUAAAAAUGAAAUCCUCGAUGAAGUUAUCAGUCUGAGCCAGGUUACACCGAAACAUUGGGAGGAAAUCCUUCAGCAAUCUUUGUGGGAAAGAGUAUCCACUCAUGUGAUUGAAAACAUCUAUCUUCCAGCUGCACAGACCAUGAAUUCAGGAACUUUUAAUACUACAGUGGACAUCAAGCUUAAACAGUGGACUGAUAAACAGCUCCCUAAUAAAGCAGUAGAGGUUGCUUGGGAGACCCUACAAGAAGAAUUUUCUCGCUUCAUGACAGAACCCAAAGGGAAAGAGCAUGAUGAUAUAUUUGACAAACUUAAAGAGGCUGUUAAGGAGGAAAGUAUUAAACGCCACAAGUGGAAUGACUUUGCAGAGGAUAGCUUGAGGGUUAUUCAGCACAAUGCUUUGGAAGACCGGUCCAUAUCUGAUAAACAGCAGUGGGAUGCAGCUAUUUAUUUUAUGGAAGAGGCUCUUCAAGCUCGUCUCAAGGAUACUGAAAAUGCAAUUGAAAACAUGAUAGGCCCAGAUUGGAAAAAGAGGUGGUUAUACUGGAAGAAUAGGACCCAAGAACAGUGUGUUCACAAUGAAACCAAGAAUGAAUUGGAGAAGAUGUUGAAAUGUAACGAGGAGCACCCAGCUUAUCUUGCAAGUGAUGAAAUAACCACAGUGCGGAAGAACCUUGAGUCCCGAGGAGUAGAAGUGGAUCCAAGUUUGAUUAAGGAUACUUGGCAUCAGGUUUAUAGAAGACAUUUUUUAAAAACAGCUCUAAACCAUUGUAACCUUUGUCGAAGAGGCUUCUAUUACUACCAAAGGCAUUUUGUGGAUUCUGAGUUGGAAUGCAAUGAUGUGGUCUUGUUUUGGCGAAUACAGCGUAUGCUUGCUAUCACUGCAAAUACGUUAAGGCAGCAACUUACAAACACUGAAGUUAGGCGAUUAGAGAAAAACGUUAAAGAAGUAUUGGAAGAUUUUGCUGAAGACAGCCAGAAGAAGGUUAAAUUGCUUACUGGUAAACGAGUUCAGCUGGCCGAAGACCUCAAGAAAGUCAGAGAAAUUCAAGAAAAACUUGAUGCUUUCAUUGAAGCUCUUCAUCAGGAGAAAUAAAUUGUAUUAUAAUCCUACUCAUAAUAUAAUCGCCUGUGCAUACAUCUGAAGAAAGAAAACUUUAAAGUCUUUUGUCCUGCCUCUUUCUCUUCUGCUAUUACGCCUUUCUAAACAUACAAUAAAGUCAUGGGAUAAAAAUAACUGAUGUGUGUUACAGGCACUUUAACCAUCAGCUGCCUUUUGAAUGGAAGAACAGUGGUAAUGGCAUUAACAUCCUAUUUUGUUGUACUGAAGUGACAAAUUGGGAUAAUAUAGUUGGUAUGGCCAUUAGGUUCAGUCC